CAGAUAAAAAAUUUUCCCCAUGUGAACAGCAAGCAAGCACUACGGCCACUCAGUUCCACAUUCGGAGAGAAACAACUGUGAAAAAGGGCCCGAAUUUAGGAUUAAACGAAAAAACCAACUUUAUAUUUGCUCACAUUUGUUUUCUGAAAAAUUCGCGUGAUUUUGUAAUCAAAUUAAUAAAAAAAAAAAUACACACACAAAUUAAAUUCCAGUGUCAUAAAUUAAUAAAAUCUCCAGUGUUAUCAAUCCGCUUCAAUUUAAGUUUUUAGUUUAAAGUAGAACAAGAGGUAAUAAACAUUUGAAGAAAAUUCGCAACUCACUCCCUACUGAAAAGCGCGACGACAGAAACUGUGAAAAAAGAAGAGAUUCUCAUCUCCAGCUGGGACAGGAUUCAGCCACAUCGAUAGUGACUUACAAGCUUGACUUGGUCUUGAAUUAAACAUCUAGAAACUACCAACUAACCAACCAACCCAUUUGUUAGUCGGUCGGCGAGAGGAGAAAAGAAAAGAAAAAAGCACAAAAAUGAAUAUUGACGACUAUGAAACACUUCCAACUACGAGUGUUUCAACCAACAUGACUGCUGGUGCUAUCGCUGGCGUUCUGGAGCACUGUGUCAUGUAUCCGCUGGAUUCCGUGAAGACCAGAAUGCAAAGCUUAUCACCUGUGUCAGCCGGCUUCAAUAUCUCUGCGACUUUCCUCAAUAUGAUAAAAAAUGAAGGAAUUUUCAGACCUAUACGAGGAGUGACGGCCGUAGUUGCUGGUGCUGGACCUGCUCAUGCUUUGUAUUUUGGUUCAUAUGAAAUGUCAAAAGAACUUUUAUCAGAAUUUACAACACACAAUAAUCUUAACUACAUGACGUCUGCUGUUAUUGCAACACUCAUACACGACGCAGUAUCAAAUCCUACAGAAGUUAUCAAACAACGCUUACAAAUGUACAACUCGCCAUAUAAAUCUGUUAUUGGAUGUAUGAAAGGUGUCUACAAGAAUGAAGGCCCCAAAGCCUUUUAUCGGUCAUAUGCAACUCAACUGAUAAUGAAUAUCCCACAUCAAACAAUACACUUUAUGACGUAUGAAUUUUUCCAAAAUAUGUUGAAUCAAGAAAGAAAGUACAAUCCACCGGUACAUGUUGUAGCUGGUGGCGCAGCAGGAGCAUGUGCUGCCGCAAUAACAACCCCACUUGAUGUUGUGAAAACAUUGCUGAAUACUCAAGAAACUGGUUUUACGCGUGGCAUGGUCGAAGCUGUUAAACAGAUUUACUCUGUCGCUGGUGCUGGAGGUUUCUUUAGGGGAAUGUCAGCCAGAGUGCUAUAUUCAAUGCCUGCCACAGCAAUUUGCUGGUCGACAUACGAAUUUUUCAAAUACUAUCUUGGCGGUCUUGGCCGAGAUCAAUACAAGUCAUCAAUUAGCGGAAAAAAUCUUCUUCAACCAAAAGAUACGUCUUCGCUGAUACCAACAGUUAUUGUUAGCGAUUUGUCAUUGAAUGCGAACAGCAAAACUAGUGAUAGCAGUGAAGUUAUGUACGUCCUGCCACCAACGGGCGUAGCCGAAAGAACUUCAACAGAGAGCAACGAUGACACACCAGCAUUAAAUCGAGAAUCAUCACAACACGCUCAGUUGCCAUCGGCAGGUCCGAUCAAAACAGUGUGUGAACUAUCGAGCAGUGUUACAAGUCCGGCGUUGAACAUGAAUACGCGGCAUACAGAAGUAAAAAGUCCCUUUGAUCGAGGCUUCUAGAGCCUUUAAGACAAAACACAAAUAGAUGAGACUACAAAAAUGGAAUCCAAUCGAAAGGAAUGCGUAAAGUUUGUUAUAUCUCCCUCAUUAAACAUACUCAUAAACUCAAACACCCACGCAUCCAAACACUCCAUACCCUCCUCACACCCACCAUACACAACACACAACCCAUUAAAACUCUUCUUUGUCUCUCCAAUUCUUUUGUCUUCUGUUUGCUCUCGUAUUCCGACGAGUGAUCUCUACAGCAAAAACAAAAUAACAUAAAAACAAACAAAAGAGAAAAAGGAUGCAAGCCUUUUUUCAGCACUAAACACUUAAAGUGUGUUACUACACCAUAUUUAUACACGUUAUAAAAUUAGUAAUUGUUGUUGGUUGAUUGGAAAAUUAAGUGAUCAAUUCUUUCAUUUAUAUAUGUAAAUUGUUUUCACAAAACUGUCUUUAUUUUUUAAUUACAUUAUGUAAGAUUUAAAUAAAAUGUGUGUGAUAAUAUCAACCAGGAAAAAGGUUAUGUUUUUAAACGACGAUACAAAAGCAAACUAAUGAGUAGCUGUUCAUUUCAAAACUCGGAGAAAACUAGUUAAAAAAUAAUGUAUAUAUGUAUUUAGACACCGAUAUGCAGUUUUGCUCUUAAAUUUAAAUUUGUCUAUAAGCUUAGUUAUUUUUAAUUCGAAUUUAAUUAAAGCGUCAACUUAUACCUUUAAUGAACUCAUUACGUAUUAUUAAGGUGAUGUAAAUCCAACAAGAGGCAAUUAUUUGAACAUAACGGAUAUUAACAAACUACUUACUCUGUUCACUUAUAGUAAAACUUUAAAAUGGAGGAACCCAUUGAUAUCUAGGGAAAGAUUUGAUUGUUAUAUCAGUUAAGUGAAGAGGAAUCUUUUAAAGCUCUUUUCUAAGUUAUAAAAAGAAAUGAAUUGAUCUUUCUAGUUAUCUCCAUCCUGGUACCCAGAUUCAGUUGUUCAAAUAUUUGUUGCCCCAGAGUUGCGAACUGUUUGAAUUCAAGGCCAAGGAAUACAUUAUGUAAGUGAAUAGCUGUUACAAGUAGUCUUUAUCGUUUUCCUUGAAUUAACUAGCAACAAGUUCUUACUCAAUUUAAUGCUCCCACAAAGCGAUACCAUAAAAUAACUUGGUUUUAUAAGCAAGCCUAUUCCAUUGUUGUAUCGGCCCGGUCCUCAACUAAGUUACCACACAAAAAGAGUGCUAACGCUAAGUCUAGUCCAAUUGGUUCUGGUGGUAAUGAAUGUAAUAUUAGUUUAAGAUUAUUCAUACCAAUCGAAACAUUCUGUACGGAAUACUCUUUUAGCCAGACAUUUAAAUCCACUCAAUCAAAAACUAAUGUAGCCCAACAACAACAGCGUUAUAAACAAACUAAUAUAUAAAUAGUUCUUUAAAGAAAGAAAUCAUCAAACCUGUCUUUCACAAUAAUUUCCAACGAUCACAAAAUAAUAAUAAACCCCUCGUGGCCGGCGGCGGCGUGUUGUUUCAAAAUAGAUAAGAUGAGUUUUGUAUUAUCAAGGAUAUUAUAAUAAUUGUGUUGUUUAUUUUGUAAAUUUAAAUAAAAAAAAGAAACUCGAUUAAAUAUUUAGAAAAUAGGAUAAAACAUUUGAGAACGAACGAAUAAAAGAAAAUUAUUUUAAUAAUUUGUUUGUACAUACCAAAAUAAAUAUUGUUAUUAUUAACUAUAUUAUAAUUAUGUUAAUGUCUUACUAGUUAAAGCGAGUGCUUUAAUAUAGAAAACAAAUUGCUAUGUUCUUAAUUAUAAACAAAUGUCUAUGGACAAUACAAAAAUAAAAUAAAAGUAAAAUUGUUAAAGUGAUAUUCAUUUGUCAAUUGAAAUGUAUUUAAUGUAAAAUCAAAUCAAUCGUGGUUUGCUAAAAGCAUGCCAUUUGAAUUAAAAUUAAAGUUUAAAUAGCGUAUGUUUUUAAAACUAGUCGUUACACAAAGUUUUUAAAAUUAGAAUUUUUAGACACAAAAAUAAAAGAAGUUUCCUUAAAACCCUACAAAGAAUAUAUAUUUUUGUAUCUAUGUUGCUUGUUUUUCAUUUUUCUUUAACUUCCUCACUUCGUCUUCGAGACAUUAUCGCGCUCAUGCACAAACAAAAAAAAACCAAAAACACCUUCUCCACACCCCCUCCUCCCACAAAAAUACACAUUAUGCAUAAUUUUAUUAUUGUAGUUUUGUCUGCAAAACAAACUAACAAACAAAAAAAAGACGAUUCGAAAACAUCUCAUGCUGAUGUUUCCUGUAUUAUAUUUAAAUUUUUUUUAUUAUUAUUUUCUUUUUUGUUAAGCAUAGCUGUGUACAUGUUGUCUAUUAUAAACUUUAAAAGUAUAUAAUAUAAGGAUAAACUUUUCAGACUAUUAUUAUAAUUAUUAUAAUGAUUGACUCAUGAGAAAAGGUGAAAAUACGUUUGGUUUCUAUUCGAGUAUAAAUUAUUGAAAAAAAAAGUUAAAAGUUUUAUGAAGAUGAUGACGAUAACCGACAACACAAUAAUAAUAGUUUUUUUUUGUUUUUGAAUGUACAUAAUAAUAAUCACAUUAGAAUAUGGUAAUUUGAAGAAAAGAGGAACAUCUUCUAUCAAAAGAAAAUAAAUGAAGAAUAGUUCAUGAUCAAAGUCACGAUUUUCAUAUGAUUUCAAUAAUUAUAUAUUUGUUUGUAAAAUAUUGUAUAUUUCGAGAAUAACAAUAAAAUAUUGAUUUAAACAUAA